ACAAGCUACCCUCCGGCACCCACGACCGCUCCCACACGAGAGACCAGCCGCCAUGUCGCGAUUCUUUGCCGCCAGCGACAGCUCCUCGGACGAGUCCAGCGAGGAGGAGCUCUACUCCAACGGGGAGGAGUCUGAGCAGGACGACUCGGACAAGGACUCGGAUGCCGACGACUCAGAUGACAGCGACUCGUCGUCGGGGUCUGAGACGGGCGGCGCCAACCGCUUCCUGAAGGAUGUCAGCAGCGACAGCGAGAGCGACGAGGGCGACGACAACAAAGUGCUCAAGAGCGCCAAGGACAAGCGCUUUGACGAGCUGGAGGCGACGGUCCGCCAGAUUGAGAAUGCGCAGAAGAUCAACGACUGGGCCGUCAUCUCGGACCAAUUCGACAAGCUCAACCGCCAGGUGCCCACGCUGGUCAAGCAAAACGACGGCAAGGUGCCCAAGUUCUACAUCCAGGCCAUCGCCGACCUCGAGACGAUUGUGCUCGAGACGCACGAGAAGCAAAAGGUCACGCCCAAGAAGAUGAACGCCGUCAACACGCGCGGCUUCAACGCCGUCCGCCAGAAGGUCAAGAAGCACAACCGCGACUACCAGCGCGACAUCGACACCUACAGAGAGAACAAGGAGGACUUCAUGCGCGAGGUCGAGGAGGUCGAGCAGGCGCCCAAGGAGAAGAAGAAGAAGGUCAAGAUUGCCCAGCUCGGCGCUGAUACCGUCGAGGAGGGCAACGACGACGGCUUCGUCACCGUCGGCGCCGGCGGCAAGGCGGUCCUGUACACGCCCGAGGGCAUCCUCAAGCACCUGCGCUCCAUCGUCGAGCAGCGUGGACGCAAGAACACGGACCGCCUCGAGCACAUCCGCACGCUGGAGAAGCUGUUCGACGUUGCAGUCAACGACUACCAGCGUGUCCGCGUGCUCCUCACCCUCAUCUCGACACGCUUCGACCUGACCUCUGGCACUGCCAGCCACAUGACCCAGGAGCAGUGGAAGUUGGCCGACCAAGAGUUUGGCAAGCUUCUGCAGAUCCUCGAGGGCACCAAGGAGAUUGUCGUCGUCGAGAACGCCGAGGAGUGGGAGGACGACGAGAAGCUGCCCAACAUCACACCCGAGGACAUCUUCCGCAUUCCCGGGAGCGUCGUGUCUUUCGUCGAGAGGCUUGAUGACGAGCUGACCCGCUCCCUCCAGCACAUCGACCCACACACGGCCGAGUACGUCGAGCGUCUGGGCGACGAGGGCCUGCUGUACUCGCAGCUUGUCCGCACCUUGAUCUACGUCGAGAGCUUGAAGAAGAUUGCCAGCCUCGAAUUCCCACAAGACCCGAUCAACCGCAUCGUUAUGCGGAGAUUGGAGCACGUCUACUUCAAGCCCUCGCAAGUCGUCACCAUCCUCGAAUCCAACACCUGGAAGUCGAUGCCGGAGAACCUCGACUCGGAGAUCACCCCCCGCGCCGUUGCCAACGACACUGCGUCCCUUGUCCAGACCCUGUGCACAUACCUCUUCCAACACAGCGAAGGUAUCAUCCGUGCCAGGGCCAUGCUGUGCCAGAUCUACUUCCUGGCCCUGCACGACCAAUACUACCAGGCCCGUGACAUGAUGCUCAUGUCCCACUUGCAGGAGACCAUCAGCAACUUCGACGUCAACACCCAGAUCCUCUUCAACCGAUCGCUCGUCCAAGUCGGUCUCUGCGCCUUCCGCGCCGGGCUGGUCUACGAGGCCCAAACCUCGCUACAGGAGAUCUGUGGCAGCAACAGACAGAAGGAGCUUCUCGCACAGGGUCUACAAAUGCAGCGAUACUCGCAAAUCUCCCCCGAACAGGAGCGUCUCGAGCGCCAGCGACAACUUCCCUUCCAUCUUCACAUCAACCUUGAGCUGCUCGAGUGUGUCUACCUGACCUGCUCCAUGUUGCUCGAGAUUCCCCUUCUUGCACAGCUCGGCUCGUCGCCUGAUCUCAGGAAGCGCGUCAUCAGCAAGACAUACCGCCGUCUCUUGGAAUACCAUGAACGACAAAUCUUCACCGGCCCGCCAGAGAACACUCGCGACCACGUCAUGCAGGCCUCCAAGGCGCUGUCUGCUGGCGAGUGGAAGAAGGCUGCCGAAUUCAUCAACUCGAUCAAGAUCUGGGAGCUCAUGGCCGACUCGGAGAAGAUCCAGGCGAUGCUUUCCGCUCAGAUCCAGGAGGAGGGUCUACGAACAUACCUCUUCACGUACGCUCCCUACUACGACACACUGGCUGUCUCGACACUAGCGGGCAUGUUUGAGCUUCCCGAACGCAAGGUUUCUGCGGUCGUAUCUAAGAUGAUCUCACACGAGGAGCUUGGCGCCGCUCUGGACCAGGUCAACUCUGCCAUCAUCUUCAGGAAGGGCGUUGAGCUAUCGAGACUCCAGACACUCGCGCUCAGCUUGUCGGACAAGGCAUCAGGGCUGAUUGAGUCGAACGAGAAGACGCUCGAGCAACGCACACAAGGCACAGCAAACGCAUUUGAGAGGCAAGGUGGUCGAGGCGGCCGCGGUGGCGGACGAGGUGGACGCGGCGGGCGAGGAGGAGGCCGCGGAGGAGGUGACGGUGGCCCAAGGGGUGGCAGGAAUCAACAGUUUACGGGCGGUGCUCUGGGACGGGCUAUUCAGGCUUAGAUGUAGAGUGUGUGUUCUUCCUGGCACGGGACUGGGUCAGUGUGGGGUCAUGGGCGGCGAAUAUGGUUUGACAAUGAGACGACUUUUUUGGUCUCAUGGGAAUUCGAUUUGAUCAUGAUUACGAGUAGAGUGCAUGAAUGGAAAAGUAUAUGGUCGAUUACAGGGUUAUGAUUGAUAUGAGUUUGUGGUUGACAAAGAUAUGGUUGAACAAGUAUAUGAUAUAUACAUGUGUAUGAACUGUUGUGCGUUGACAUGU